AUGUCCCAGCCCGGGAUACCCGCCUCUGGCGGCGCCUCCACCGGCCUCCAGGCCCAGAACGGGGCCGCCUCGGCGUCGGGGUCUCCCUACACCAACGGUCCUGUCCAGAAUGCCCUCCUGUCUUCACAAGUGUCAGUGAGCCAAGGGUAUAAUUCUCAGCUUACAGGAUCCUACCCUCAUCUAAUACCAGCAAAGACCUUGAAUCCAGUCUCCGGACAGUCUAACUCUGGUAGUUCCCAGACUGUUUCUCCGUUAAGUAAUUAUCAGAGACAUGGACAAGCUCUCUAUGGACCACCUGUGGCUUCUCAUCCAGUGACACCUUCACUCCAUAGUGGUCCUAGUCCCCAAAUGCCACUACCUACUUCUCAGAACCCAGCUGCUACACCAAUGCCUUCUGGUAGCUUUCUUCCUGGAGCCAGCGUACCAUCACCUUCGAAUUGGCAGUAUAACUAUUUGUCACAGACAAACCAUUGUCCUCGUGCGUCAUCCCAACCAACCAUGACUGGGAAUACAAAUUUGAUGAGUCCUCAAUAUGUUUCUUCUGGAGAUACUUCACUUCAAAACAACGUCAUAAAAUCAGGGUCUGCACUGCCCUUAGCAAAUCCACCUCUGCCUACCACUUUUCAACCAGGAGCUCCUCUUGGCCCCCCUCCAACUGGAGGACCACCUCCAGUGAGGGCCCUUACUCCUCGGAAAUUGACACCUAAAACUGUGCCCCAGCCCUCAUUUAAUUCAACUAGCAACCAAGAAGGUAUCAUAUCAAAUACCAAUAAUGGAUCUAUGGUGGUUCACAAUAGUUAUGAUGAGAUUGAAGGCGGUGGCUUCUUGGCAACAUCACAGCCUACUAAUAAGAAUCCCACAAUGAGCCGAAGUGUUGGAUAUUCAUAUCCCUCUUUACCACCUGGUUAUCAGAACACAACACCACCUAGUACAACAGGAACAGGAAUACCACCCUCUUCCUUGAAUUACGCAAGUGGUCCACAGGCUUUUGCUCAGACUCCUUUAGGUGCUAAUCAUUUAACUGCAAGUAUGAGUGGAUUAAGCCUACAUCCAGAGGGGCUAAGAGUUAUCAAUCUUCUUCAAGAAAGAAACAUGCUUCCAUCGACACCUUUGCAGCCUCCAGUUCCAAAUUUGCAUGAAGAUAUCCAGAAACUGAACUGUAACCCAGAGUUAUUUCGCUGCACACUGACUAGCAUUCCUCAGACUCAGGCCUUACUGAAUAAAGCCAAACUUCCUCUGGGACUGCUGCUUCAUCCUUUUAAAGACCUAGUGCAAUUGCCUGUGGUUACUUCUAGUACAAUUGUGAGAUGCCGUUCAUGCAGGACAUACAUCAACCCUUUUGUCAGCUUUCUUGAUCAAAGGAGAUGGAAAUGUAACUUAUGUUACCGAGUUAAUGAUGUUCCUGAAGAAUUCAUGUACAACCCUUUGACCAGAGUCUAUGGAGAACCUCACAGAAGACCUGAAGUUCAAAAUGCUACAAUUGAGUUUAUGGCUCCUUCAGAAUACAUGUUACGACCACCUCAGCCUCCAGUGUACCUCUUUGUUUUUGAUGUGUCUCACAAUGCAGUUGAAACUGGAUACUUGAAUUCAGUUUGCCAGAGUUUGUUAGACAAUCUGGAUUUGCUUCCUGGCAACACCAGGACAAAAAUUGGCUUCAUAACAUUUGAUAGUACAAUCCACUUCUACAGUCUUCAAGAAGGUCUCUCUCAACCUCAGAUGCUAAUAGUUUCAGAUAUUGAAGAUGUUUUUAUACCUAUGCCGGAGAACUUAUUAGUAAAUUUAAAUGAAAGUAAAGAGCUCGUCCAAGAUUUACUGAAAACUUUGCCGCAAAUGUUCACCAAGACCUUGGAGACUCAGAGUGCCUUGGGUCCAGCUCUUCAGGCUGCCUUUAAGUUGAUGUCCCCAACUGGUGGUCGAAUGUCUGUUUUUCAAACACAACUCCCAACUCUUGGAGUGGGAGCCCUGAAACCUCGAGAGGAACCCAACCAAAGAUCAUCUGCUAAGGAAAUUCACUUGACACCAUCAACUGACUUCUAUAAGAAAUUAGCCUUGGACUGUUCUGGUCAGCAGGUAGCUGUUGACUUAUUCCUACUCAGUGGACAGUAUUCUGAUUUGGCUUCUCUGGGUUGUAUUUCUCGGUAUUCAGCAGGUAGUGUCUAUUAUUAUCCCUCUUACCACCAUCAACACAACCCAGUCCAAGUACAGAAAUUGCAGAAGGAACUACAGAGAUACCUCACUCGGAAGAUUGGCUUUGAGGCAGUCAUGAGGAUUCGGUGUACCAAAGGUCUUUCCAUUCAUACUUUCCAUGGGAACUUCUUUGUUCGGUCAACAGACUUACUGUCUUUGCCCAAUGUAAACCCAGAUGCCGGCUAUGCAGUACAGAUGUCAGUGGAAGAGAGUCUUACUGACACUCAGUUGGUUUCGUUUCAGUCAGCACUCUUGUAUACAUCCAGCAAAGGUGAAAGAAGAAUUCGUGUUCAUACUUUGUGUUUGCCGGUAGUUUCAACUUUAAAUGAAGUCUUUCUUGGAGCUGAUGUUCAAGCAAUUUCAGGGUUAUUGGCCAAUAUGGCUGUCGACAGGUCUGUGACUGCCAGUCUGAGUGAUGCUCGAGAUGCCCUAGUGAAUGCUGUCAUAGACUCCCUUUCAGCUUAUCGUUCUUCAACCCUAAGUAACCAGCAGCCUGGACUCAUGGUUCCUUUCUCUCUUCGGCUUUUCCCACUGUUUGUGCUGGCUCUCCUUAAACAGAAAUCAUUUCAGACUGGGACAAAUGCACGUCUAGAUGAACGCAUUUUUGCUAUGUGUCAAGUGAAAAAUCAGCCCUUGGUUUACCUUAUGCUCACAACUCAUCCCAAUUUGUAUAGAGUUGACAAUCUCUCAGAUGAGGGAGCAAUCAGCAUCAAUGAUCGCACUAUACCUCAGCCGCCUAUUCUUCAGCUUUCAGUGGAGAAGCUGAGCAGGGAUGGGGCCUUUCUCAUGGAUGCAGGUUCUGUACUAAUGCUUUGGGUUGGAAGAAAUUGUGGACAGAAUUUUCUCAGCCAAGUUCUAGGAGUUGAAAACUAUGCAUUAAUUCCACAGACCAUGACAGACCUUCCAGAACUUGAUACACCAGAAUCUGCCAGAACAAUAGCUUUCAUCUCUUGGCUUAGAGAGCAGAGACCAUUUUACCCAAUACUUUAUGUAAUAAGGGAUGAGAGUCCAAUGAAAGCAAACUUCCUUCAAAACAUGGUAGAAGACAGAACAGAAUCUGCAUUAUCAUAUUAUGAAUUCCUCUUGCAUAUACAACAGCAAGUGAAUAAAUGA